ACCUAAAAAUUUAUGAAGAAAAAAGUUUAAAAAGUUAAUUAAAAAAUUAUAUUUUUUCUAAAUGCAUAGUGCCGUUUGCUGAAGCCUCUCCAUAAGUUACAGCAAUCUCCCUUGCAGUUUAACCUUAUCCGAAUGCCAUUGUUCUUAGUUUAAUGUAUAUAUAAUGAUAUAAAAAAAAAUAACAACUUGUAUCAAUAUGUGGGCUGAUACAAUACUUAUCGUAUUUAUCAGCAUUUGUACUGCAUUGUUGGGUGAAGGUUUAACAUGGUUAAUGGUUUAUAGAACAGAAAAAUACCAGAAAUUGAAAACAGAGGUCGAGAAACAAAGUAAAAAACUUGAAAAGCGGAAAGAAGCACAUGGAGACUCUUUAGACAAACAUCAGAAGAAGAAAAUUGAACGAGAAGAGGAAAGAUUAAAAAACAACAAUCGUGAUUUAUCUUUGGUCAAAAUGAAAUCAAUGUUUGCCAUUGGUUUUGCUUUUACAGCUUUAUUGAGUAUGUUCAAUAGUAUAUUUGAUGGUAAAAUUGUUGCAAAACUGCCAUUCGUCCCGAUUAGUUGGAUUCAGGGUUUAUCUCAUAGGAGUUUAUCUGGUGAUGAUUAUACAGAGUGUUCUUUCAUAUUUUUGUAUAUUCUCUGCACCAUGAGCAUACGCCAGAAUAUCCAAAAAAUAUUGGGAUUUGCUCCUUCAAGAACGGCCAGUAAGCAGAGUGGAAGUAUCUUUGGACCCCCACCUCAGCAAUUCAAGUGAUAAAUUAAUUAUUUCUGAGAUUUUAUAAGACAGAAUAAAAAAAUUAAUAACCGAAAAA